AUGGCGCAGAAUUCGCAGCCACCCAAACCCAAAUGGGGUAUGGGCAACUUUUUUCAACAAGCCGUGGCGGGCGUUGAGUCGCGACUGGAUAAUAUCUUGAUGGAUGAGGAAGACAGGCCCAAAAGUGCGCAGGAGAAGCCCAAAGAGAGCGAACCCGCUGCACCGACACCAUUGUCGCGAUCUCCUGCUGGGUCGAUUUCCCGCAACUCCUCCAGCGCACGCAGGAAUGGGAAUGACCGGCUCCAGGAACGUCUAGCGCGAGCCAUGGUCAAGUCAAGCGCAAACCGAAACUCGCAAUCUUCUCCAAGUGGAGUGUCCUCACCGAACGCUAGCCCUCGACCCAGCACUGAUGGCCGGCCGAGCUUGGAGGUUGAUUCGAGUCUUGCGGCGUCCGCAGACGGACCCCAAAGCUCUUCGGUGGCUGGAGAAGACGCCGAAUCUGAAGAGACGACGUCAAGAGUCAGCCACGAUUCAGAGUCAGCACCUCGCCAGUCCACCAAUAUGAGUGUGACGGAACCUAUGCGUGACGAGGCAGCCAAGAACCCUUCAGAUUCUGACGAAAAGGGCCAAGAGCCUACAAGCAUGCAAGACACUGAAGCAACUGCUACGCGUGAUUCUAUUGACAGUCUGCGACCUAGCGUAGAAGCUCCAUCGGAAUCGCGCACCGGCGACGAUGCAGCCGAGGUCCAGCGACAGGAGGAAAUCCAUGGCUACAUCGAACGAAUCGAUGCUUUACAGUCAAAACUCAAAUACCUAGCGAAGGAAGCAGCGGAAUCAGCCAAGAAUGCCGCUGCAACGGCCGCCCCAGGCAGUGUUGAGAAACAGCUUCGGGAAAAGGACGAGAAGAUCGCGUUGCUCCUUGAAGAAGGACAGAAGCUGUCCAAAUCCGAAAUGGAUCAUCGUACCGUGGUCCGGAAGCUGCGCCAGCAACUGAUCGAAAACACAAAGGCUCAGACAGAAAACAAGAAAAAAAUGGAGAAAUUGGAGAGGGAGCUGACCAGCUCUGAGGCAAGGGCUAAACGGGCCGAGGCCUCAGAGAAGCGAGCUAAUGACUCGCUUUCUUCUCAAACCAAAGUUUCGAAGGACCUUGAGGCUGUGACUAAUGAGCGAAAUGCUCUGAGUCAAACUGUCCAAGAGAUAAAAGGACAGCUCAGCCGUGCUGUUUCCCGUGCAGAAGCAGCCGAAUCUAAGGCCCAGUCGGAUGCCUUGGAGCAAGAGAAACGCCGCGUCAAUGAUCUUGAGGAAGAACUGGCCAGUAUCAAAAUCGAACGCGAUAUUGCCGAUGAGAAGUCCAAGAAGGAGAUUAGUGCAUUGAAAGAAAAGGUGGAGCAAGAGAAGGAACGAGCUCGCAUGCUGGAAACAGAGUUGAAGGGCGAACAAUCUGUCCUGGAAAGCAAGAUGGAAAGUCUCCGGUCUCGGGCAGAAGAGGCUUCAUCUGGGGCAACUGGGGAAACCCAAGCCAAGCUUUUGCGACAAAUUGAGACUCUGCAGACCCAGUACUCUGUGGCCAGUGAAAAUUGGCAUACCCUAGAGGGGUCCUUGCUCGCUCGCCUUGCUACUGUGGAGAAAGAGCGUGACGAUGUAGGACGGAAAGAAGCUGACUUACGAAAAAAGAUCCGAGAACUGAACCUGAAGAUGAAGAAGCUGGAAGAGGAGCUUGAAACUGCCAAGGAGAUCGAGCAAGACCUUGAGAGCAAACUGGGCGAGCGUACACAGGAAUUGCAGAAAUCGCAGGAGAAACUAGAGAAGACAGCCGAGGACCUCGCCAAUGCCCAGAAAGAUCUGGCCGAUCAAAAGAAGGUAUCCGAUGCGACCUGGGCUCAAAAGCUGGAGGAAGAGCGUGCCAAGUGGCGGGAGCAGGUCAACGCUCUGCAGUCCCGGGGCAUUUCACCUGUUCCAUCCACCCGACGCUCCAGCAACCUCGAUGCCGUGUCGUCUGGCUUGCUAGACUACCGUCCAGCAAGCCGACGCUCUUCUACCAACCCGUCUGCUGCCUCACCUGAUUUCGGUACCCCCCCACGUCAGAAUUCUUACCCGGCUUCGAUCAACCAAGGAGCUCUCGCCUUUCCCCCGAUCAACACCUCGAUGAACCCGCCGUCCAUGAUCAUGGAAACUCCCUCGAUCAACUUUGAGCCCGAUGAAUUUUUCAGCGGCGUUCCACCCACACCCUCCGCGUAUGGCGGCACACAGGCGGCUCAAUCCCGCGGUAUCAACGACAUCAUCUCCGAGUCUACAGUUGGCGCUGGCCCAUCUGUGCAGCUGGUGGAGCGCAUGAGCGCGACGGUUCGCCGCCUGGAGAGUGAACGUGCCGGGUCCAAGGACGAGCUUGCGCGUGUCACCGCACAGCGCGAUGAAGCUCGACAGCAAGUUGUUGAUCUCAUGCGUGAACUUGAAGAGAAGAAGGUUUCUGAUUCCAAGGUGGAGGAACUUGAAGCUAAGCUCGCCGACAUUGACCAGCGGUAUCAGACUACCCUCGAAAUGUUGGGUGAGAAGAGUGAGCAAGUCGAGGAACUUCAAGCUGAUAUCUCUGACCUGAAGAAGAUCUAUCGCGAGCUUGUCGAUAGCACCAUGAAGUAG